CUGCCCUACCCGAUGUAAGAAACCUUGUCUUCUAUUACCCCGGAAAAUGUCUCACUUUCUUCUUCAUCAUAAUUUCUCUUUUAAUUUUAUUCUCAGGUACAGAAACACUCAGCAAUUAUUAGUACGCCCAACUGCGGAACUCCACAAUUUGUUGCUUGUUUCAUGCUCUAAUUCUUCUGCAGUUUUGAUGCUUAAAUUUCUCCUUGCUCUGUAUCGGAAUUGAAUUCCAUACGUUGGCUGUUUUUCUCUCGAUAUGAAUAGUUGAAAAUCAUUGUUUUUUCGCGUUCAGGUUCAAUGCUCAGCAAGUGGAAAUCCAGUUACAGUUUAUUGCUACCGCUGUACUGUAAUCAGUUUAAAUUUAAUCGAAUCUUUGAUUUCUCUGAGAGCUUGUCUUAAUUAAAUGCUUUUAGCUUUUCUCUCUCUUUUUAACUGGAAUAAGGAAGUUUAGUCGUUGAAUAUUGUGUGCGCUGAAGCUUUUUGGUGGUAAUCCUAUAAUAGCUUAUCAGUUCGUUUAUUGAUUUUAUUGGAGGUUUACGUAUCCCCUUGUAAUCUUCUAUUGAUAGAAAACCAUAUUUGAAUUUUCCAAUUUCCAGUCGUCAAUUUAAUUUGCCUUACUUUCGUAUACCGCUUGAAUUACCUAUUUCAAUUCGUGCAUUCGCUUCUUAUGAACUGUUGGAUUGUUAUCCAUAUCCUGUACUUGGAAAAACAAUCCCAAAUAGCAUAAAUAAAUCGAUAAUUCUUUUUAGGGUGUUUUGAUCUUGAAUCCCUUUCUCGUUUACCCUUCCGAGACAGUCUGUUAAAUCUCACAUUUCCUUCCAUUUAAGUUAUCAUGCUUCGAUAUUAGGAGGUAAUGUCAAUUCUGUGUGGCCUUCCGCUUCUUGAGUGUGUAUACUGCUUAGCGUGUGCACGGUGGGCAUGGAAAAGGUGUCUAUACUCCGCAGGUCAUGACAGUGAGACUUGGGACCUUGCCACAGCUGAAGAGUUUGAACCUGUCCCGAGGCUCUGCCGAUACAUACUGGCUGUUUACGAGGAUGAUCUAAGACACCCUCUUUGGGAGCCUCCUCAAGGGUAUGGAAUCAAUCCAGAUUGGUUAAUUAUGAAAAGAACUUAUGAGGAUACACACGGACAAGCCCCCCCAUACUUGAUUUAUCUUGAUCAUGAUCAUGCCGAUAUAGUUCUUGCUAUUAGGGGGCUUAAUAUGGCCAAGGAAAGUGAUUAUGCCCUUUUGCUUGAUAACAAGAAAAGAAACUUCGAUGAGGGCUAUGUUCACAAUGGGCUGUUGAAAGCAGCUGAGUGCGUGUUCAACUCCGAGUAUGACAUUCUGAAGGAACUCGUGGAAAAAUAUCCAAAUUAUAAAUUGACUUUUACAGGACAUUCCUUAGGAUCAGGCGUGGCUGCAUUAUUGACUAUGCUGCUAGUGCAAAAUCGUUACGGGUUGGGGAAUAUUGACCGAAAGAGAAUAAGGUGUUUUGCUAUUGCACCUGCCAGGUGUAUGUCGCUUAAUUUGGCUGUGAGAUAUGCUGAUGUCAUCAAUUCUGUUGUGCUUCAGGAUGAUUUCUUGCCCCGAACGGCGACCCCCUUGGAGGACAUCUUCAAGUCACUUUUCUGUUUACCAUGCUUGCUGUGCCUGAGAUGCAUGAUAGAUACUUGCAUACCAGAGACGAAGAAGCUCAAAGAUCCAAGGAGGUUAUAUUCCCCUGGUCGCCUUUAUCACAUUGUUGAGCGCAAACCUUUCAGAUGUGGAAGAUUCCCACCAAUUGUGAAGACAGCGGUUCCAGUGGAUGGAAGAUUUGAGCAUAUAGUUCUCUCUUGUAAUGCCACUUCUGACCAUGCCAUCAUUUGGAUAGAGAGAGAAGCCGAAAGGGCUCUUGAACUGAUGCGGGAGAAAGAUGAUGGUCUACAGGUUCCACCAGAGCAGAGGAUGGAACGACAGGAAUCGUUAGCCAGAGAACACAGUGAACAGUACAAUGCUGCUUUACGGAGGGCUGUUUCAUUGGCCAUUCCUCAUGCCUUUUCGCCUACUCAAUACGGAACAUUUGACCAAGACACAGAAAAUUCUGGGAUAUCAGCUGGCGAUGCUUCGGCAGGAUCAUCUGUAACACACAAGGACAAGGAAAGCUGGGAUGAAUGUAAAUUGUCAUGCCGUUCAACAAUUUGAGGAACAACAUUAGAAGGAGUUGAGGAGAAAACUCAAGAUCAGAUCGAGGAGGAAAUAUGGAUAAAGCAUACAAUUUUGGGAUCAACUACCACGAUAUUAGAAAUUGAAGGACUUGAGUUUAAUUAGAAUUAAAUUGGGCAUUGGAUUAGUGGGUGGGAAUGAACUUCCUAUGGGAAAUGACUCCUAUUGGCACGAGGAAGCUGUGGCAGAAAGUGGAUAGAAGACAACAAUUAGAAUUCUAAUUGGUUUUGGAAAGCUGGGAAGAAAUUGAAACUGGAUAUACACGCACAAAGGACGGACGGACAGCAGCAGCAACAAGGGAAGAAAGUAAUUCCAGUUUUUGUACAAAAAUUCAUCAAGAUUUUGUGCAAGAAUUGUGGAAUUAAUCAUGUUCAGUCAUAAUUUGUCGGGAGAUUUACACUACGCAAGAAAGAAAAACGAAGGGCAAUUGUUGGUAUUCGUAUGGCGAACAUCAAAGAUAGCAUGGAUUAAUUUUAUCUUGUUGAUUGUAAUUAAAUCCGAUGAUGUCUUUUGACUUAUAUUUGUUUAAUUCAGACAUUAUGAGUGGCUAAAUACUUUUUAUGUUAGGAUGAAGAUGUAGCUUAGGGUUUUAAUAUAUUGUUUAAUUUCAAGACUUAAUGCAACUUCAA